AUGGCUUUGGUACCACCUGAAAAAGCAGCUUCUUCAGAUAGCAGCAGUGCCUCUGAAGAAGAAAUGUUGUUUCAGAAACCCAAUGAUGAUGAUGACGAUUUGACGUAUUGUAGUUCUGAACCGAGAUCAUAUCCAUCAUCUUUAGAUUGCAUGCACAUUUUCUCAAGUUCCGAUGAAGACGAAAAUGUUGAGCCUGAAAAUGUAGGACUAGCACGAGAAAACCCAAUUUUAUCCGAUGAAGAUACCGUUCCACUAUCUCCUGUUAUUCAAGAAAUGUUUCCUACUGGUCAACCUCAACAACAACUCCCUUUCAUGCUACAUUCAGUUUCAUCCGUUUUGUCGCCAUUAGACUCGCCAGCUAAUAAAACUCGUUCAAAAAGAGCAGCUAAUACUGUGCAUCGACUUACAACCAAACGAGUAAAGAAAUUUGUUAGGAAACCUUUAAAAUUUAAAUGGAAAUCUGUAAAAUUUGAACACGCUGCAACAGUUGAGUUACCUGAAUAUCAACCCCCUUUAGAAGCCACAGCGAAAACGCCUUUAGAUUAUUUUAGAACUUUUUUUUCCGACGACAUAGUUGACCUCAUCGCCGAUAAUACUAACUUGUAUUCAGUACAAUGUGCAGCUACCAAAAGUAUCAAUGUCACCAAUGAAGAUAUAAAAGAUUUUAUUGCCAUAACGAUACUAAUGGGUGUUGUUCAGUUGCCAUCUUAUCGUGAUUAUUGGAGUAAUAGGCUUAGGUUUUCUAAAAUUGCUGAUGUUAUGCCACUAAGAAAAUAUGAAAAAAUUAGAAAGUACCUCCAUUUUUGCGACAACUCAAGUAUGAAUGACGAUCGGUAUUUCAAAGUUCGUCCAAUACUAGAACGGAUCCGACUGAACUGUUUACAACUCGAAGAAGAAGGGCGUUUUAGUAUAGACGAGAUGAACUAA